GGACCGUACGUAUUGUUUAUUUCAUUGAAUUAACUUAUUUUCAAUGAAAAUAUAAGUAAAAAUCUAAUUAUUUUAACUAAUAAGUGUAGUUUAAGUUCCGUAACAGAGUGUUAGUGCAAAUGAAAACGUAUAUAUUGUGUUAAAAUUACAAAGGCAGGCGUUUCCAUGGGCGUUAACUUCAGGUGGUCAAGAUAAGACUGAAGUAUGAAUCUCAAAAUAUACAUAAGUACGGCGUUACUGCUUCACGUAUGCACUGCACAGGAAUAUGGGACACCCACAUACGCAGACAUCAACCAACCAAGUCCCACAAAUGAUUACCUCAAUCCAAAUGAUCCUAGAUACGACAAUCCUUACGACCCUAACAGAAGAUAUCCAAACCGAAAUCCAUACAAUGUAAACCAGUAUGAGAAUCAGUAUGAUCCUAAUAGGAACACAUAUGAUCCAAAUAAUAGGAAUCCUUAUGAUCCUAAUAGAAAUCCUUACAACCCGAACAGAAAUGAUCCAAAUUACAACCAAAAUGUGUACAAUCCUGAGAAUACUCCUAAGCCUGCCUGGGAUACGGGAAGAACAUAUGGGACAGCCUAUAAGAGUGCUCCCAUAGAGCACAACAGUCUCAUUAUAAAUCAAGCCACCUACUUCAUCGUGGCUUCCCGCAUGGUACGCCCGGGGCAGAUCUACAAGAUAUCGGCCAACAUUCUGCGCGCGCGCCUGCAGAUGACGAUCCGCGCCUCUAUCUCUUGUAAUGGCGUCGAGAUUGCUGACGUCAUCGACCGCGUUAAAGAGGGGGUGCCGGAAAUACUUAAUAUGAGGGUCCCAGCCACGUCGGUCCCCGGCGACUAUAAGCUGCGCGUCGAGGGUCUGUACCUGGACGACCCGUUCGGCGGACGAGCGUUCGUCAACGAGACGCAGCUAACCUUCUCCCGCCGGUUCAUGACCAUCUUCAUUCAGUUGGAUAAACCUGUCUACAUGCAGAGCCAGACUGUGCGUUUCCGCGUAAUCCCAAUCAGUACGGAGCUGAAAGCGUUCGGGCGAGCCAUCGACGUGUUCAUCCUCGACCCCAACCGACGCAUCAUGAAGAGGUGGCUGUCGAGACAGAGUAACUUCGGCACAGUGAGUCUGCAGUACCAGAUGUCGGACCAGCCUCUGUUCGGGGAGUGGACCAUCCGCGUGGAGGCGCUCGGGCAGGUCGAGGAGACACAGUUCCUGGUUGAAGAGUACUACCAGACUAGAUUUGAGGUGAACGUGACAAUGCCAGCGUUCUUCUUCAACACGGAGCCGUUCAUCCACGGGCGCAUCAUGGCCAACUACACGUCGGGCGCGCCCGUGCGCGGCAACCUGACGCUCAAGGCCACGGUGCGGCCCAUCCCGCAGUACCGCCCGCGGUACUACGCGCAGGGGCAGUUCAACAACCGCGGGCAGCUCGCGCCCGGCCUGGGGAACACGCCGCAGUAUACUAGAGUCCGGCCGAACUAUAACCCGUACCUGUACAACGAGUCGGGCUACUCGGCGUACGAGCCGGGCCGCGCGGCCGAGUACGACGAGUUCGGGCGCGUGCUGCACACGGACGCGCGGCUGCUGCCCGGACAGCCCAACCAGCUGGACCAGCCCGACUGGUGGUACGACCCGCAGAAGGUCGUCACCAGGAUGUUCAACUUUGACGAGAAGUAUCCGUUUUGGAUGUACAAGCCGGACGCGACCCAGUACGCGAUACAGAACAAUAACCAGAACUACAACACGUAUGCCACAUCCACCACGUACAACUACUACAACAAUCCGUACUACGACCAGCUGCCGUAUUUGAGAUAUUUCAACGGGACAUAUGACUUCAAAUACCCGAUGUCGGAGCUCGCGCAGCUCGUGCCUACCCUGGACGGCGUGGAGGUGAUCAUCACGGCGUCAGUAGGCGACCCCUUCUUAGACGAGGUCAUCGAAGGUUACAGCAUAGCUAGAAUAUUUAACUCAUCAUUGAUGGUGAAGUUCUUAGGAGGUUCCCCGCAAGUCUUCAAACCUUCUAUGCCUUUUGACGUCUAUAUGGUGGUGUCGUACCACGACGGGUCCCCGCUGCCGUCGUGGCAGGCGGCCGGCGUGUCGCUGCAGCUCAACGUGGCCGUGGAGAGCCGCGGCGGGGCCGUCGACACGCAGCACCCCACGCUCGUGCCCGGACACGACGCCGUCUGGCACCUCAAGAUGGACCUUUACAAGCUGCUCAGGCUACAAAACGAGCCGAACUACCGCGACGUGCUGAACGGCGUGACAGGCGUCCGCCUGAGCGCGCAGCUGGCCGACGCCGUGGGCGGCCGCGCCGCCGCAGACAUGCACCUCGUGGCGCACUACUCGCCCGGCGACAGGCACAUACGGAUCUCCACCAGCACCACCGACGCCAGGGUGGGCGAAUACAUCAUCUUCCACGUGCAAGCGAACUUCCAUAUGGAGUACUUCAACUACGUGGUCAUGUCUAAGGGCAUCAUACUCACCAGCGCGCAGGAGAUCAUGAAGGAGGGCGUGCGCACGUUCGCGGUGACGCUGUCAGCGGAGAUGGCGCCGGUGUCGUCGUGCGUGGUGUGGAGCGCCGACCGCAGCGGGCACGUGCUGGCCGACUCGCUCACCUUCCCCGUCAACGGCAUCUCUAGGAACAACUUCACAGUGUACAUUAACAACCGGAAGCACCGCACCGGCGAGCGCGUGGAGGUGGCCAUCUACGGCGAGCCCGGCGCGUACGUGGGGCUGUCCGGGAUAGACAACGCCUUCUACACCAUGCAGGCGGGGAACGAACUCACCUACGCUAAGGUAAUAUCCAAGAUGGCGCAUUUCGACGAGUCCACAAACGGCACGUUCGCGUACACGUGGCGGUCGCACUUCGGCGACGCGGACGACCUCGUCUACUUCCCCUCUUCUACCUACGGCAUCGACGCCAACAGGACUUUCGAAUACGCAGGGUUGGUGGUGUUCAGCGACGUGAUGGUGACCCGUCGCUACAGCAGCUGCAACGCGUCGCUCGGGCUGGGCGAGUGCCUGGACGGCAACUGCUACCCGCUCAACAAGCGCUGCGACGGCGUCAGCCACUGCAGCGACCACACCGAUGAGGCCAACUGCGAACACGAUUCAAACUUCGAACUGAGCCACUUCCGCAAGUUCCGGUUCAACCGCGUGCAGCGUCAGUACGACAACGUGUGGGUGUGGCGCGACGUGAACAUCGGGCCGCACGGCCGCUACGUGUUCACGGUAGACGUGCCGCAGGUGCCGGCGCACUGGACCGUCUCCGCUUUCUCCAUGUCGCCCACCUUGGGGCUCGGCAUGUUGACCAAGCCUAUACGGUACGUAGGCGUCCUGCCAUUCUUCAUCAAGGUGGAGGGCCCGGACCGGUGUAGGCAGGGCGAGCAAGUGGGGCUCCGUGUGGUGGUGUUCAACUACCAGCCCUACGCCGUGGAGGCGGUGGUGGUGCUGUCCGCUUCUACCGACUACAAGUUCGUACAUGUUGAGGAGAAUGGCAUCGUGGUGUCGUACAACCCGCGGACGUCGUUCGGCGAGCACCAGUUCUUCGUGUACAUCCUGGCGGGCGACGCCGCCACCGUGUACAUCCCCGUGGUGCCCACGCGGCUGGGCGACAUACACGUGCACGUGCACGCGUCCGCGCUGCAGGGCCAGCACCAUUACACCAAGAAGAUCACCGUCGAGGCCGACGGUCUUCCGCAAUAUCGCCACCAAUCCGUGCUGUUGGACUUGUCGACGCGCGCUUACGUGUUCCAGUACAUGCACGUCAACAUCACCGAGACGCCCAUCAUAUCCUACGAGGUGGACAGGUACUACGUGUACGGGUCUAACAAGGCGCGCGUGUCGGUGGUGGGCGACGUGGUGGGCCCGCUGUUCCCCACCAUGCCCAUGAACGCCACCAGCCUGCUGCAAUUGCCCAUGGACUCGGCGGAACAAAAUAUGUUUAGUUUCGCAGCGAACAUGUACUUUACCCUGUACAUGCGUCUUAUCAACCAACGCAAUAGAACUUUGGAGCGCGACGCGUUCUACCACAUGAACAUAUUGUACCAGAGGCAACUCUCGUUCAUGAAGCCUGACGGAUCCUUCAGUCUCUUCCGUAGCGAUUGGAACCAAUCGGCUUCUAGCGUGUGGCUGACGUCAUUCUGCGCGAAGAUCUUCCAAGAUGCCUCCUUCAAUGAAUGGGAGAACUACAUUUAUAUCGACCCUGAUGUAAUAUCGAUGGCGGUGACCUGGGUGCUAGACCACCAGACCCCAGAGGGUGCGUUCUAUGAGGUGACCUGGCUACCUAACCGCAACGACAACAGUACCAUAGUUGUGCCCAAGGAUACGCAGCUGUACAGAGAAAUGGGCGGACAUAGGGGCUGGGUGGACUCCGGGGCCAGAGAAGUGAACAACUCGUUAAUACUACAGCGUAACAUAACGCUCACCGCCCAGGUGGUGAUCACUCUGGAAACUGUAAAAAAUCUCAAGGACAUCGGAAUCAGAGAGGGCCUGAGCGCCCGCGUGGUGCAGGCGCAGCAGCGCGCCAUCUCGUGGCUGGAGCGGCACAUGAAGCUGCUGGACGAGUUCGGGGAGCCGUACGCGCUCGCCGUCGUGGCCUACGCGCUCACCUGCAGCAAGGCGCCCAGCUCCGAGCACGCCUACCGGCUGCUGCGGAAGAGGCAGCGCUCCGAAGGCGGCCUAGUCUACUGGGGCAAAGAGCCGGUGCCUCAACCUCCAUACAAGAUGGAGAACCAGAAGCCGUUCUUGCUCCCGCGGCUGCCGUACAAGUACGACUCUAACAACAUCGCGGCCACGGCGUACGCGCUGCUGGCCUGCAUGGACCACCAGGACAACAACGAGCCCAUCGUCAUGUGGCUCAACGCGCAGCGCCUGCACGACGGCGGCUGGGGCUCCACACAGGACACGUACAUCGCCCUCCGGGCCCUGAUCGAGUACACGAACCGGAAGCGGCUGCGUGACGUCAGCACGCUCACGGUCACCGUGGACGCGGUCGCGCUCAAGGGCACCACCAAGACGCUGCACGUCGAGAACGACAACCUCGCCAUCAUGCAGAGCAUUGACAUCCCGGAGGCGUGGGGCACGGUGAAGGUGACGGCCCGCGGCGCGGGCUACGCGCUGCUGCAGCUGUCGGUGCAGUACAACGUGGACAUCGCGCGCUUCCAGACCGACCCGCCGCUGCGGGCCUUCUCGCUGCUCUCGCAUGCGCACUUCUACGGCCGGAAUCAGUCGCAUAUCGAGUACCAGACUUGUGCCAGCUGGACGCUGCUGGAGGAGUCCCCGCGCUCGGGCAUGGCGGUGCUGGAGGUGGGCAUCCCCACGGGCUACAUGGUGCAGCAGCAGCGGCUGGACGCCUACGUGCUGGCGCGACGCGUGCGCACGCUGCAGCGGGCCAAGUACCUGCCGCACAAGAUGCUCUUCUACUUCGACUACUUGGACGUGGAGCCGACGUGUGUGAACUUCACGAUCGAGCGCUGGUUCCCGGUGGCCAACAUGUCGCGGUACCUGCCUGUACGAGUCUACGACUACUACGCGCCCGAACGCUACAACGAGACGAUAUUCGACGCGCUGCCAACAUACCUACUGAACAUUUGCGAAGUAUGCGGCUCAUCACAAUGCCCGUACUGCGCGAUAUACAACGCCGCUCUAAGGUGCACCGUCGCGCUACCACUACUAUUGAUAGCCGUCGGUGUAACGCUCACGCGGUAUUUACGUCCGAUGCAUUUAACUGUACUAACAUAGUAUUAGUACAUAGGUCGUUAACGGGGAAGUCAUCUGUACUGUUUUUUGUUUCUAUGCUGUUCUGGAAGCUAAUAAAAAACAAAACACGUUCUGUUUGUAAAAUAAAAUAAAUACAGGGUGUUAGUGACGCCGUAACGAAUACUAAGGAGGAUGAUUCAGACCAUGAUUCUGAGUUAAUCAUAAACUGCCUAUAUACGUCCCACUGCUGGGCACAGGCCUCCCUUCAAUCAACCGGAGGGGGGUAUGGAGCAUACUCCACCACGCUGCUCCACUGCGGGUUGGUGGAGGUGUUUUUACGGCUAAUAGCCGGGACCAACGGCUUAACGUGCCCUCCGAAGCACGGAAUCAUCUUACUUUUUCGGACAAUCAGGUGAUUCAAGCCUGAAAAGUCCUUACCAAACAAAGGACAGUCUCACAAAGUGAUUUCGACCAUGUCCCCAUCGGGAAUCGAACCCGGAUCUCCAGAUCGUGAGCCUAACGCUCUAACCACUAGACCACGGAGGCUGUUAAUAUCAAGUGUUAAUCUGAGUAUAUAUAUAUCAAGUGGAAUUUUCAGUAACUUCCUCAUUCAGUUUUAUAUACCCAAACUUCUAAAUAUCACAAACACUUUCAGUGCAGAUGACUUAAGUUACAAAAUUCAUUAACAUCACUGAGAUCUGAAAACAAAAUAGUGUACUUAUUAUAUUUUAUUCUAUAUAAAUACCUCUAUAGAUGUAUAUAAGUUUUAUUUUAUAGUAAUCAAGUUUUACAUACUAAUAAUCUCAGUGUUGUUUUGAAUUCUUUUGAAAGUGAUGGUAAAUUGAGUGACAAAUUUUAAAUUUAGUGUUGUGAAAAUCACUUUAUGUUUACACAAAUUAGAGUAAAUUAUCGGCAACUUUUUUAAAGACUAGUGCCUAUUCCAACAGACAUAUCCUUAUUUUAUUUUAAGUUAUCCGCCGAAAAGAAAAGGGACGGGUCAUGACGGGCUAAAAAUAUAUAGAACACCCGUCAAUUUUAGGCAGAAAUCUUAACCCCUUCAACGAAUGGUUGCCAUAAACUAUAAAAAUGAAGUGAUCAUAACAUUUUACAUUUGGGAAUGUGGGUUAUAACCAGACAGAAUUAAUUUGCCAGUCAAACGGGUUGCGUUUGCAUAUCAGAGAGACGCCUAUUUGAUUUGUCCGGGCAUUGAUGUAUAAUAUUAACGUGUUAGAUUUGUCCGGGUUAUUGUUUCAUUCUCUCAUUCAUUUUCAAAUUAAAACAGCUGUCAACCAUCCGUCCCUUUUCUUUCCGGCGAGUAAGAAAAUGACAGGCCAACUUAAAAUUAGGAGGUGUCUGCUUGAAUCAGCGCCAAUUAUGUAUACAAGAAUUGUGUUAUUAACCACCGUUAGGAUAUAGGCGGACCGCGGAUUCUUUGCAGAGAUGACUACGGAAUUUUUGUGUGCAAGUUUUGUCUAUAUACAGGGUGUUAGUGACAUCGUAACGAAAACUUUGAGGGAUGAUUUAGACCAUAAUUCUGAGUCGAUAUCAAGUGGAUUUUUCCGUCGCAAAAAUCAUGUACUUUUUAGUUUUUUUUAAUUAUUUUCAAUUCUAUACUUUUGCGAUGGAAAAUUCCACUUGAUAUUAACUCAGAAUAAUCAGCUGAAUCAUCCCUCUCAGUAUUCGUUACGAUGUCACUUACACCCCGUACAAGUACAUACGGUAGCCAUACAAGUAGGUAUGGGUGUUAGUGACACCGUAACGAAUAUUGAGGGGGAUGAUUCAGACCAUGAUUCUGAGUUGAUAUCAAGUGGAAUUUCCUGUCAAAAAAUUCAUGAUUUUUUUUUGUUUUUUAAAUUAUUUUCCUAUCCAUACUUUUGCGACGGAAAAUUCCACUUGAUAUCAACUCAGAAUCAUGGUCUGAAUCAUCCCUCAAAGUUUCCGUUACCCUGUAUAUGUCCUUCUCUUAAGCAUAGUUCAAGAAAGAGACAGUGCUACUUUUAGAAGUAAAAUUACGUUUUCCACAAAAUACCACAAUUUGCUAACUUUAAUUUAAAUAUCCGCCGUGGUCUGCCAGUCACCCUAGAAUAAAUAUUUCACUGUAGUCAUAAGGACUUUAUCAAUUUGCUUUAUAAAUGAAAGAAUGAGGAUAAAAACUAGAAGUUCAAAUGUAGGUGGCAGCACUGUUGAGUGUUCCUAAAUUUUGACAGUUCUCCAAACUGACCAACUAAUAUUCGUGAUUUUCUAUAAAAUGCGGAGCAACGUGGUAUGUAUCCCGUCUGAAGGACGAGUUACGAAAAAGAAAAAGCAGCCAUUCGUUCGUAGCUGACGUCGCAAACUGACGUGUCUCAAAUUUUUGGCGGAUCUGAUUUGCACCUUAUGCUAUUGUCAAUAAGACACAAAUUAUUUUAGCAGAAAAUUGCAGAUACGUCUGUUUGCAACGUCAGCGACGAGUUGUAUAAAGGCAGUUUUGGUUGAAAAUAAGUUUUUCUAAGUUGUAGCGGACCCAACUAGUUGGCCACCUAGUUCCGCUCACAUGCAACAGAUGGCGCCACAUUCAAUAAUGCAGUCUUCAAGCGGUCGUGAAACGUGGUAUCGAAGUUUUCACGGCAAGACGCAUAUAUACAACUUCCAACACAACACUGUUGUUUUUGUUCUCUCCGAUCUUUGGGAAAUAAAUAUAACACUGUUUUUGCUGUUAAACGCUGCGCAAAGGGUUAUAGUGUAAAAAAUAUAACCAAAACAAUAUGUUAGUUUACACAAAUAGUAUGAGGAACUGUCCAAAUUUAAGAACACUCAACAGUAGCGACACCUGAUGGGAGUAAUAGGCAGUUAUCCUCAUUGAACAAUGAUUUCUAAUAAAAAGAAAUUCUUGUUACCAAAAACCGUUCUAGAACCGUCGAAGUAACUUGGUUCUAUUUAUUUAUAUAAGUCUAAAUAAAAUAGAAAACUAAGCCCCAGUGGCCUGAGCUUUUACUUCAUACAGUUUUCACGUUAUUUCUGUCAAAUCAGUUACUUUUUACCAAACGUCAAAACACGAAACGACUAUGUAAUUUGUAUGAAAAAGGAACCUGUGACGUCAUAGAAAAACGUGACAAAGUGUCUUUAUUAAAAUUCAUAAAUAAGUUAAAUAGAAAAAAGAAAAUGUUUUCGUCACCUUUAGACCUGUCUUUAUUUAUCUUUGACCAAUUAUGUUGUGACGACGAUAAAUUUUAUGUACUUUUACUUUUGUCAAUUCCAUUUAGACAGUAUUCCCUCGCCAUUCCGUAGAAUAGUGUUGUGUUCAUUUAAUAGUUUUAGUAGCAAGCCUUGUUAUAUUGUGCGCGACUAUCCUUAUUAAGCUAAGUUCCGAGGGGCGUGGUUAUGUCAAUUUUUGAAGGAUGAAUAGUAAUUAAACAAUAAAAGAGAGACAGGCUAUUAUAUUAUGUUACACAAUAAAUAAAAUAUUAAAUCUUUCCACAAUUCAUAUUAAUUACUAUGAGUAGGUAAUCUCCAAAAGAACCUUUUUAUUUCCUUAGUAAUUUCUCUUGACAUUAAUUUCCACUUAUAAAUCUCAUUUUCUGUCACUUUGGUGCUCUCGCACUGUUAACAAUUGAUUUAUUAACAUUUUUUACUUCAAUAGAUGGCCUAUUGAGCAAUGUAAUUUCGGAUAAUGUAACAUAUCGAAGAUAUCAUUUUAUAACUUCUAUACAAAAAACAAAAUUGUAGCAUAUAAUGCGUGCUUGCCUUAAUGAAUGUGGUUUUGUGAGGUAAAGUGCAUUUAUAGAUGUAUAUAGAAAACAUAAAUCAAAUAGUAUGUAGUUUGUAAGAAUAUUUUCCACUUUCUCAUGUUAUGUAGAUAUAAAAUUAUAAAAUAGAACAUGUCAUAUUCAAAUGCCUUAUCAUUAAGACAAUAUUAAAAUUUUAUCUUGAUGAAAUUAAAAUUAAUUGGGAGAAUCAUAUUUUGUAUACAACAGACAUAUUUAGGUGUAUUUAGUUAAAAAUGUAGUACUUUUAUGCGGCUAAAAUGUUAUUUUUACACUUAGUAACCUGUACAAUAACUUUUAUUUAAACUUCAGUACAAAAAUUGUAACUACUUACCCGUCCAGAAAUAAAACAUAUUGGGAAAUCUCUGCAUGUAAUGAAUCUCAUAUUAUAGAUUACAUUUUAAGCGAGUUACUUAAGUAGUAUCCGUCCAAAAUUACCAAAUGACUGAUUUUUUUAUUUUUUGUAUGUAUUUGUGUGUAAUAUUUGUCUAAGUUGUUACACGUCGCUUGUGAAGGAGUAAUGAGAACAGAAAUCUCACUAUUGACUCUUUAUAGAUUUAUUUCCAAAAUAAAAACCCUUUUGAAAUGUGA